GUAUCAUUUUUUUGGGAUGAUUUAAUUGUGGAAUUAUGACUUCUUUUUUCUUUUUUUUCAGUUACUAUAUUUUGUUAACUAGAUUUUGUGUAUUUUGAUUCGACAAUAUUGUCAAUCAAAAUGAUACGAACUAAUUUUAUUGUCCCACACCGGUCAAAUGAAGGAUUUGAUGAUGAGUUUAUAUGGCCAAGCUUCUACAGAUUGCUCGAAAAUGGCUUCCAGAUGCAGCAGAAUCAUUAAUCGAGCUUCUCUUUCAUCUGUCAGAUCUGCGAUUAAGCCCGAAUUUCAAUCGCCCAAGACGUCGUCGUUCCACGCCUCCUCCCUCCCGUCCAGAUCCGCUUCCUCCCCGCUUCGACCAUUCUCCUUCUCUAGGUGCCCGUCGGAGUUGGGAUGCGCCGCGUCGAUGCUGCCGCUGCACACCGCCGUUGCUACGGCGAGGAUGACGUCAUGUCUCAGCUCAACGUCUCGGGAUUCUAGGGCUCUUUCACAGGGUACUCUCUGCUGCACUUCUCCAGGCCUCUAGCAUGUCUUUUAUUACUCCCAAAUUACAAAAGAAAGCACAUGAGUUUCCAAAAGAAUGAAAGAAUAUACUGGGACAAUUAGAGAUCCUCAAAAAAUGCUUCAGUGUCUUAUUCUGAAGUUUGAAAGCUUGUUAGCAUCCUAAAUGAAAUGUAUCUGUUUUUGUAGGCGUUUAAUAUAUCUUCUACCCCGUUCUACAUGCUAAUUGUACCUUAGUUUGGUCAUUCAUUAUCUGUCUUAAGUUUCAAGUUUGUACUAUUCUUUUGGAUGUAAAACGCAAAGUUCACUCUUUUGAGGAAUGAAUAAAGUUUAAUACACAGUUUCACUUUAAAUCUGGCUUGUAUCCAUAGCAGAUGUUACUAAUUUCAUGCAUGUAUUUUAACUGAUUUUGAUUUAGUUUGACAAGCAUAGUUUGGUAACAAAAAGUUCUCCUUUUCCCAGAUGAAAUUGAUGGAACGUGAUUCGUUUUUGCUGUUUCUGGUGGAUCAUCUCUACUUGAAUGUAUCUUAACCUCGAGGAAAUUAUAAGAGUAGUUUCUCUGCAUUGCUCGAUUUAGUUUAGCUCUGAAGAAAUGGUUUUUGUACUU